GCCAUGGAAACCCAUUCCAUGAAGCUCUCUACGCACUGUUGUUGGGCUCAUCUGAAGGCCACACCAAGUUUGGAGGUCUUUAGCUAUUGCCUCUGCAGACAGUUGAAGCCGUCUGCAUGCCUAUGGGCUUGAUUGUAUACACCUGUGUCCAUGGAGGGGAUUGGAACACCUGAAUCACAUGAUAUGGAGGGGAUUGGAACACCUGAAUCACAUGAUUUGGAGGGCGGGGCCAAUACUUUUGUAAACAGAUUAUUACAGUUACUGGAGUCACCUUUGAUAUAUUUGUACAUUGUAAUCAUAUCAACUCCUAAG